UCCGGUCGGUCCUAUAGCCUUGCGCAGGGCUGACCCUAGCCGGAGUUGUUCAGAGACUCGUGGUACGCCCCUCAGUCCCUAGAAUCUAGGUGUCUGGAGGGUUUUGGGUUUGGUGACGCCGCUGCCGUAUGACGAUGUUUUCCUUCCCGAGGACAAACCUUCCCUCCUGGACUGAGAUUGUGACGGAUUCACAAUGACAUCCUUUCAAGAAGUUCCAUUGCAGACUUCCAAUUUUGCCCAUGUCAUCUUUCAAAAUGUGGCUAAGAGUUAUCUUCCUAAUACACAUCUGGAAUGUCAUUACACCUUAACUCCAUAUAUCCAUCCACAUCCAAAAGAUUGGGUUGGUAUAUUCAAGGUUGGAUGGAGUACUGCCCGAUAUUACACAUUUUUGUGGUCUCCUAUGCCUGAACAUUAUGUAGAAGGAUCAACAGUCAAUUGUGUGCUGGCAUUUCAAGGGUAUUAUCUUCCAAAUGAUGAUGGGGAGUUUUAUCAGUUCUGUUACGUUACCCAUAAGGGUGAAAUUCGUGGAGCAAGUACACCAUUCCAAUUUCGAGCUUCUUCUCCAGUUGAAGAGUUGCUUACUAUGGAAGAUGAAGGAAAUUCUGACAUGUUGGUGGUGACCACAAAAGCUGGCCUUCUUGAGUUGAAAAUUGAGAAAACCCUGAAAGAAAAAGAAGAAUUAUUAAAGUUAAUUGCUGUUCUGGAAAAAGAAACGGCACAACUUCGGGAACAAGUUGGAAGAAUGGAAAUAGAACUUAACCACGAGAAAGAAAGAUGUGAGCACCUGCAAGCAGAGCAAAAGGGUCUUAUUGAAAUAUCACAAAGUUUAAAAAUGGAAAAUGAAGACUUUAAGAAGAGAUACAGUGAUGCUACAUGUAAAGCUCUCCAGCUUGAGGAAGAUAUUGUUUCAGUGACACAUAAAGCAAUUGAAAAAGAAACAGAAUUAGACAGUUUAAAGGAUAAACUCAGAAAGGCACAACAUGAAAGAGAACAACUUGAAUGUCAGUUGAAGACAGAAAAGGAUGAGAAGGAACUUUACAAGGUGCAUUUGAAGAAUACAGAAAUAGAAAAUACCAAGCUGAUAUCAGAAGUCCAGACUUUAAAGAAUUUAGAUGGAAACAAAGAAAGCAUGAUUACUCAUUUCAAGGAAGAAGUUGGCAGACUACAAUCGUGUUUGACCGAAAAGGAAAAUCUGCAAAGGGCUUUCCUGCUUACCUCAAAUAAAGAAGAUACUUUUUUUUUAAAGGAGCAACUUCGGAAAGCAGAGGAACAGGUUCAGGCAACUCGACAAGAAGUUGCGUUUCUGGCUAAAGAACUUAGUGAUGCUGUAAAUGUUCGAGAUAAAACAAUGGCAGAUCUACAUACUGCACGCUUGGAAAAUGAGAAAGUGAAAAAGCAAUUAGCUGAUGCACUGGCAGAACUUAAACUAAAUGCUGUGAAAAAAGAACAGGAAAAGACUGAUACACUGGAACAUGAAUUAAGAAGAGAAGUUGAAGACCUGAAACUCCGUCUUCAAAUGGCUGCAGAUCAUUAUAAAGAAAAAUUUAAGGAAUGCCAGAGACUCCAAAAACAAAUAAACAAACUUUCUGACCAGUCAGCCAAUAACAGUAGCAUGUUCACAAAGAAGAUUGGGAAUCAGCAGAAAGUCAGUGAUGCUUCAAUAAACACAGACCCAGGCACUUCUGCCUCUGCUAUAGAUGUAAAGCAAUCACUACAGUCUGCAGCAGAGACAGAUUUUGACAUGCUUACAAAGGGUCAAGUCUGUGAAAUGACCAAAGAAAUUGCCGACAAAACAGAAAAGUAUAAUAGGUGUAAACAACUCUUGCAGGAUGAGAAGACCAAAUGCAGUAAAUAUGCUGAUGAACUUGCAAAAAUGGAGCUGAAGUGGAAGGAACAAGUAAAAAUUGCUGAAAAUGUGAAACUUGAGCUAGCUGAAGUAGAGGACAAUUAUAAACUUCAAUUGGCAGAGAAAGACAAAGAAAUAAGUAGUCUGUCUUCACAUUUGGAAAACCUCUCCAAGGAGAAGGAACUUAAAAGGAAUUUAGAACAUCAAAUGGAAAGAAAAACGGAAGGUCAGAGUCCCCAUCAGGUCUCACAGUGUCGCAGCACACGGUCAGAGCCAAAUGGGCACGUUCCUACACUCCCAAAUGCUCAACCAGUUCUGCAGUUUGGUAAUCCUUAUGCAACACAGGAAACAAGAGAUGGAGCAGAUGGUGCUUUUUACCCAGAUGAAAUCCAAAGGCCACCUGUCAGAGUCCCCUCUUGGGAAGACAAUGUUGUUUGUAGCCAGCCUGCUCGAAACCUUAGUCGCCCUGAUGGUUUGGAAGACCCUGAGGAUAGCAAAGAAGAGGAGAAUGUGCUCACUGCUUCUGACCCGCCAAGUCAGCAUUUACGUGUGCAUGGAACAGGCUUUUGCUUUGAUUCCAGCUUUGAUGUUCACAAGAAGUGUCCCCUCUGUGAAUUAAUGUUCCCUCCCAACUAUGAUCAGAGCAAAUUCGAAGAACAUGUUGAAAGUCAUUGGAAGGUGUGCCCAAUGUGCAGCGAGCAGUUCCCUCCUGACUACGACCAGCAGGGGUUUGAAAGGCAUGUCCAGACACAUUUUGAUCAGAAUGUUCUGAACUUUGACUAGUUAGCUUUUACUUGAGCUAAUGCAGUUUAGCAGUUAAAGUCACUCAGACCACUAAGGAGACCACACAUUCACUUUCAUGCACCUUCUGUUGCACUCUUCUGACCAGGAGCUACUUUUAGUUUGGUGUUAACUGGUGUCAGGGUCAGUCUUUAGCUUAUCAAUAAAUACAGUUUUAACUUCUGUUAAUCUUACCCGCUCUUAGAAAAGUAGUUCUUGUGUGUUUGUAUCUUUAUUUAUUCCCCAGUUUGCAAAAUUGUAUGAAUAAAAGGAUGCAGAAAUUAUUUUAAUGUUACUGCACUGAAAACUCUUAUCUGUAAUAGUGUACCAGAUUACUUAGCAGAAUAUUUACAAGUUUCUGUUGACCUUGUUGAUUGAGCAUGGCUACUAAUAUUAUGUAAUAAAAGGCAUUGAUCAUAACAGUUCUGCGAGGUAAUUCUUUGAAAGUCCUUAAUUUGGCCCAUUGAGAUGGUAGUUUUUAAAUCUGCAUUAGAAAUGGAGCUGGACAUGCUUGCUUGUAUCCUUUUUAUAUGCGAAAUGGUGGCUUCAGGAAUUAAGGCAUAUUUUACAAAUUUUCUGACAAAACUUUUAGAAUAAUCUGAUUUUUUAAACUAUUGAAUUUGUAUUUAUAACAUGAGAAAGUGGAACAAGAUAAGUCAGUACAGAUUGUUUUCAUAUUAAAUGAGCUCAUAAGUGGUGAUUGUGGCAUAAAAUCAGAAUAUGUAGCAGUAUCUUUUUCACAUUUUCCUGAUAAGAAUAUAAAUUUGAAAUAACAUUCUCAGUGAUUAAAAACGGAAUGCAUAAUCCUAAAUCAAAGUAGUGUGUUUCUUUAGUUAUCUCUCUGUAUAGUACUCACUAACAUUAAAGAAGUGCAUAGGUAGAGGUCCGGAAUGC